UGUGAAAUGUUUGCUUUCUCUGCGCCCACCACUGCUGGUGCGUCGAACUCUUCGAAAUCACGGAGCGCGAGUAAGUAGGCCUAUCGUCAUUAUAUUCCCGGCAGCGUCUGUUGAGUUGAGAAGGUCGCAAUUUCUGUCUGAGGAUUGCAAGCUGCAGCCCUUUGCUGAGCGUAGUCUGAUUUUCAAAGUAGACCACCCCGGUCUCUUUGCCCGCGUCGCCCCCCAUGAUAUUCUCUCAGUGGACUUCAUGCGAAGCCCGUGUUUGCGCUGUAAUCUUUUUUUUUUUGUAUAACUACCAAAAGAUCUUAAGCUUCUACUAAGAUCAGACUGUGUGUUUAGUUUUCGUAUGUUUGUAACGAUCGAACAGCCUAGGGCCGCCACUUGAUGAGUUAGCGCAAUUCAUGAGAUUCAAAAUGCAGGCAGCUUCCUGCGAUCUCAAAAAUGACAAAAAUGCGCAUAAUCAGAGGCAGACAGCUUUCUGCAAGCUCUUAGUGUCGAUCAUUUUAAAAUCGAUGGUGCAAAGUAUGUAAGUAGCGUUUAGUAUAGGAGGUUAAUGCACUCCCAC